AUGGAGGCACAUGCGUGGCAGAAGGGCGGAUGCUUAAUAGCUCCCCCCGGUGCUAUAACGGGCGAGUGGGAGAGUAGGCAAGCGUACGUCCGGGCACCAUGGCACGCGCCUCCAGAUGUCUUCAUCCUAGAGCGUGACGAAGCUAUGGAGAAGCACGCGGAGAUCAGCAAAAGUCAAAAUCAAGCUGCUCUCCAAGCGCUUCUCCGCCCACGUAUGCCGUCUGGUCAGGUCUACCUCCGCGGAGCCAUCAAAAACCUUCAAAAACUCGCAGAUCAAGAUAUCCAGGUCGAGCUCCGCUGGAUCCCCGCUCAUCAAGGGAUUCCAGGCAACGAGCUCGUGGAUAAGCACGCGAAGCAGGCAGCAAAAGCAGAGGCAGACACACCAGGCCCGCACGACCGGCAUAUUAAGCUUGCCGCUGCGGCGAAGCGAGGUAUUCGGGAGCGGGCGAAGAUCACGUGGGAGGCAGCGUGGGAGAAGGAGAAAUCGGGAAAAGCGACAAAACAGUUGAUUCCGGUGCCCACGAAGAAGGUUCUAGACUACUAG